AUCAAAAUGCAGCCUAAUUGGUCACUGGCUCCCUCGGGUGAAUGAAGGAGGUUUCUGUUUUGAGAAAUCUACUUCGAGCAGCCAGUCGUUGAUUCACUGCCCACAGGGAGAUUGCUAAGCUGAGGCUUCCUCGCCUCUGUAGAGAUUUGCAUACAACUUCCACUUCCGGCUUGGGAGCCUGUUCUACUACUUACCUGGACCUGGUGAGGUAAAGGGAGGCCGGGAGUAGUGACCCAAGGUGAAGCCAGGAGACCAGAGCGCACGACCACCCCUGGGCCUGUCUGUCUGUUCGUGGUGAUCUCCGUGGUGAUCUCCGAAACUAGAAUGUACCGAAGCAUUCCUGUGGAGGUUGAUGAAUCAGAACCAUUCCCAAGUCAGUUGCUGAAACCAAUCCCAGAAUAUUCUCUGGAAGAGGAAUUGGAACCACCUGCUCCAAAUACAAGGGACAUGGCACCCAACAACUUGUCUGCACUCCAGACCCCUCACUAUGCUUCAAGAGAGUUUUCUCAGACUUCCCCUCCCCUCAAACUUGCCAAUCAGCAGAGUCCUGUGUCCCAGCAGGUCACCUGCCUGCGUACUAAAGUUCUGGAGGAGGGUGAAGAUAGUUUCUUUAGAAGGCACCCAGAUCCAGGCAAAGGAUUUUCCUUAGGCUCCUCUGAAGCCAGCCAGCCUGAGUCUGAGUCUGAGGUUGGAGCCCCUGCUCCAGAGCAUCAGUUUUCAUUUAAGGAAAAACACAAUAGAUGUCUGGGAUCUCAGCUUUCAGCAGCUUCUCCAGACACUGGCCAUAACUCAGACAAAUCGGACCUAAGUUUAGUUAAUGCUUUGGCAGACUCUGCGAGUGGUGGCCAACAGCCGGUGAUGAGGCCCCAAGCCCACAGGAAUCGAGCAGCUCCAGAUUUGCCCACAAUAGACACUGGGUACGAUUCCCAGCCCCAGGAUGUCCUGGGCAUCAGGCAGCUGGAAAGGCCACUGCCCCUCACCUCUGCUUGUUACCUGCAGGACCUCCCUGGGCCUUUGAGGUCUAGGGAGUUCCCUCAUUUUGAACCUCAGAGGUAUCCAGUAUAUGCACAGAAGCUGCCUCCCAAUCCUUCCCCACAGGCUCUAUGGAACUAUGGGUACCACUGUCCUGGAGGGCCCCAUCUCCAGGCUCCAUAUGGCCAUGACUACCCUCGAGCAGCCUAUCAGCAAGUGAUCCAGCCUGCUGUGCCUGGGCAGGCCUUUCCUGGAGCAGCUGUGAGAGGCCUGCACCCAGUGCAGAAGGUCAUCCUGAACUACCCCAGUCCCAAAGACCAGGAAGAGAGGCCUGCUCAGAGGGAUUGCUCUUUCCCAAGGCUGCCAGGGCUUCAGGAUCAGCUUUAUCACCCACCACCUAAUGGAGCUGGAGCUCCUGAGGAAUCCUUGGAACAUCCUGCAGAGCUGAGACCACAGGAUCCCCAGGCUCCAUCCCCAGCUGCUGUGCCUAGACCCCUUACCAACCCUCCAGCACGAGGAACUCUUAAAACAAGCAAUUUGCCAGAGGAAUUACGUAAAGUCUUUAUUACUUAUUCUAUGGACACAGCCAUGGAGGUGGUGAAAUUCGUGAACUUUUUGUUGGUGAAUGGCUUCCAAACUGCAAUUGACAUAUUUGAGGAUAGAAUCCGAGGUAUUGAUAUCAUUAAAUGGAUGGAGCGUUACCUUAGAGAUAAGACAGUGAUGAUAAUCGUAGCAAUCAGCCCCAAAUACAAACAGGAUGUGGAAGGCGCUGAGUCGCAGCUGGACGAGGAUGAGCAUGGCUUACAUACUAAGUACAUUCAUCGAAUGAUGCAGAUCGAGUUCAUAAAACAAGGAAGUAUGAAUUUCAGAUUCAUCCCUGUGCUCUUCCCAAAUGCCAAGAAGGAGCAUGUGCCCACUUGGCUUCAGAAUACUCAUGUUUAUAGCUGGCCCAAGAAUAAGAAAAACAUCCUGUUGCGGCUGCUCCGGGAGGAAGAGUAUGUGGCCCCUCCCCGGGGGCCUCUGCCCACUCUUCAGGUGGUACCCUUGUGAGAUCAAUGAGGCUCUGGUCUGACAGCAUUCUUCUAGCUGAAGCUGGUUGGUGGCACUCAAGGCUGUUUCCCAGUAUCUACUGAGGGGCUCUGAGGCCCUAGAAAACCUUUUCUGCAAUUUUCUGCCUCCUAACACCAAGACUGCUCUACAUUCUCUGCCUUUAAAAACUUUGCAAGAUGCCACUAUCCUGACAGUCUGAGGUGUCCACUCAGGGCUCCCAGUACUUAGUGAACUGAUACUAUAGGUCAUGUGGGAGCAAAUGUAUGUGACUACAAACACCCUUUUAUCACUUCAGCUACUUUUGCGUUGGCCAGAUGCUUCUGUGUCCUCAGACCAAACUGAUUCAUGUUCAAAUAAUAAAAUCAUUACUCUUAUUGUAAGAAUAUGUUUCACUUAUCUCAAAAGAGAGAGAUGUAUAUUAAUUUAUAAUCAUAUGGGCAGUUGCUUACAUAUAGUGCUAGAUAAAUGUAAUAGACUUCUCUGUAUUAAAGGGUUAAAACUAGAAAGUUAAUCACACUCUUUUAAAGUAAGUAUGAAAGAUUUGCAACUAUGGGUGAGGUUUUUAUCAAAAUAACUGUGAUUGUUAACCAUGUAACAGGGGUACAGUGCUAAAGUGUACACAGUGGUAAAGUGCUUGCCUAGCAUUUGGGAGGCCCCGGAUUCAACUCUCAACACUGCAAGAAGAGAAAAGGGUUUGACCAUUCAUAUAAAAAUAUCUGAGUUUGCGUAUGAAAUGACAGGGGAUGUAUAACACAGGCUACAGUUGUGGUUUAGGGGACUUGUUUUCUAGUCUUGGUUCUAUUCCUAAGUAUCUCUGUGACCCUCAGGAAGUUUUUCCACUUUUCUAAGAUUUCGAGAACUCAUAAAGUGACGUGAACCAAGGUAUCUCUAAUGAACCUAAAAGGUUUGAGGUCUAAGAUCUAAAUUCUAAAUAUUUUUUUGAGGAGUGACUGAGUUUUUAUUUUUUUGUAAUUAUAUCUCUCAAGAAAUAAACUUAUUUUUUUAUUUGUU